ACCCUUUAACUGUUUUACAGAUUUGAUUGAGGUUGUCCCCUACGGCGAGAAGCACAAUAACUCGCAUAAGAAAUCUCAUCCUAUUCCCAAUUUCAAACAAAUCGAAAACCCUAAUUAUAAGCAAGUCGACGACCCCACUCGCAGACGGAAGUCCUUGGGAGUGGGAAGAUCGCGAUUGGGAGUACCGCGGACGAUCUCGGCGGCGGAGAGGUUAUUGACGAGUGCGACUUUAAUCUCCGGCAGCCAGCCCACCUCCACCGCAGGUUCCAGAUUACCUCCAGAGAUUCGCUGCUAUCUUCUCUGUCGAUUGCUGCAGCAGACAGUGUACAAAUGCCGGACAAGAUUAACGAUGUCGAUGUACGCACAGAAGAAACAAAACCACUGAGAGGGUUUUCAUGGGCAAAGAAGGGCAGAGUGGAGAAGUACAACAUUUUGCUGGACCCUGUCCUUAGUGUAAUUCACAAAUUAGAAGCUACAGAAUUAAUCGGAACGGGUUCAUCAUCUAACAGAAGCACUAUUUCAUAUUGCCUCCACUUCUUGCAGAAUCAAAAGGCGAUCUACUAUGAUGUACCAGCAAGGGUAGUGGAACUACAGAUUUGGAGGUCUAGCGAAGUAUAAUGCAACUUACGUG